UUACAUUUGUAUCUUAUCAGAAAUCAGUGAUGCAAAGCAAAAGCUUCUAUGUAGAUUAAAAACUAGGGCUGUGCCACUCUCACAAUUUAAGUUUCUUACAACCCACCAUUUUAAUUCCAGUAAAAAGAUGAACCUGUCAUGAGAUGAAUUGUGUGUGUGCAUGCGAAGGAGUGCUAGUGUGUAACUUGUGUGUCUGACAAGUUUCAUUUUCAGAAGAGCCUUUGCUCAGCACAAAAACGUGUAUCGUGCAUAUUGACACAAGAGGAGCCGAAAGCUCUUAGUGAUAAUUGGAACUGGCCAGUCACCAUGCAGCAGGGGUCAGAGCGGAGAAACCAGAGGGCUGAAUUCAAAAGGAAAGCAGGGCGAUGCCAACUUCUGGGUUGGCCUGCAAAAAUACAUAAUCACUGCAACACUGUAUAGUGGAACAAAGAUUGUAACAACCAAGAACCCUGACAUUACCAUCUGCCGCAGAGGGUCCAUGCCCCGCCCUUCCAUCUCCCCCCAGCAAAGCGGCUGCCAACGGGAUAAGGGCUGGGGCUUUAUUGAUGAGAUGGAUGAGGAGGGAGAUAGGGAUAGAGAGACAGAUGGGGCUUCUGUCCAGGCCAUGGCAGUGCUGGGGAGCCUGCGCUCAGGGAUGCCGCCAGCGAGGCCAGCUUCCACUGAUUAGCAGCCCCAGGAGCCCCAGCGCCAAUGAUGAUGGUGAUACAGACCCACAGAGGAUCUGAGCUCGGCUGAGGCAUCUCGAGAGACAUCCACCUGCAGGAUGGGACUCACUUGCUUCAAGUCCUGGAAGUACAACAGUGCAGCACAGAAAGGAGGAAACAGGGAUGUACUGGUUAGUCCUGGCUCAUAUUUCUUCCUGUCAAACAGCUGUGGUCAGGGGGAGGAAUGGCUAAAGAGCCUAAAUAAGGGCAUCUGGAUACCUUUUACAGCAUAUGUUGGAGUGAGAGCGCAUGGGCGGCAGCUGUGUGUCCAUCUUGGCAGUGAGCCUGGGAAUAAUGAUGUUACAGUACACCUUGGUUUUCUCAUGAGAGCCGUCAACCCCCAUCACAUCCAUACAAUCCCAUACAAUGAAAUGGCUUUGUGAAUGCAAGACACUACAACAAUCAUACAAAUAUCUAUUUUCAUAAAGUAAAAAUGUAUGCAUUAUAGCAAGAUAUAAAUACUGAUCAAUCCCAAUCUUCAUUCAAACAAUCCCAAUACUGAUUUUUAGAAUUUGUGUGUGAACUAUCCCUUUAAGAAGUACAAAUGUUUUUUAGUAUGUUAAGCACAAAAUUAGUGCACAAAAAUAGAGCACUUUAAGUAUGGAAAGUCCAAUUACAAAUUAUCUGAGUAUUUUCCUGUACAUGCUGUACAUUGAGCUGAAGGCAAAACUUGAGCUGCAGAGUCCAUGUUGCUGCUUAUUUCCCAGGAGAGAUUAACAUUCCCAAUGAAUUCCCUACAUUACCUCUCCAGCAUAACUCCACACAGCUCUGGGGCUCCAAAAAGGUGAGAGAUGCCCCUACAGAUACCACCGCCACAUUCACAUGCACUGCACACCCACUGAGCCAAUGUCUAAGGUUCUGUUUUAGACUGGGAUUCUCAUCAGGGGCCAAGUUACUGGGCACAUGUAUAAAAAGGGUUUGAGGGGUGUGUUCAGCUGUGUCCAAUGGAAAAUUCUUGGAUUCAAGCCAUGUGAGGUACACGGGGACAGAGAGAAAGAAAGGGAGAUAUAGCAGAAAGUAACCAGCAGAAAGUUCUAGCUCAUUUAUUUUUAGUCAAUCUGUGUUUUGUGGUGUUAAUGAUUCAUGUUGAGGGGACAGAUAUAGGGGAAACAGAAGGUGUUGGCGCCACCUUGGCCACACUCCAGUAACCCUGCAGUGGAGUAGCUUGAUACAGGCAAGAGGUCACAAAAAAAGCAGACAGGAAACAGACAAAGAAAGAGUACAGGAGAAGUACUAUUUACAAUCAACAGCAGUGAAUGAGACCGAGAGAAAGUAUAACAGUGUUUGAAAUUCAGUUAGGGAGGCGGACUUAAUUUGACAGUAAACCAAGGAGGUGCUGACUCACGUCACUGGAGACUUUGGACAAUUAAGUCCAGACAAACAUAACCUCCCCUCAUAGGCGAACACAGACGUGUCUCUGUUGAUGUCACCAUAUGCAACAAAGGUAUAUGACUGAGACGUCCACUUCAAGAGGCGGUGUCACAGGGAACAUCUACUUUGAACCAGACUUAUUCCCAUUUAACUGAAAAGCUCCUGCAGGAAGAAACCUGGAACGGUAUAAGAGGUCAAACACUGGAUCGGGAUGCAUGUCGAAGUGCGACAAACUUAAUCUGCUGUCUCUCUUUACCAGGACUAAAGGCACCAAAUUUAUUAACAAACACUCUUUUUUGAUAAAUUGUUAACUUUGCUAAGCUUCUGCCCUUCAACUUUUGGACUCUUAGAACUGAAACUGAUGGAACAUUUUUAUAGAAAUGUAUUCAAAAUAAGAGGUGUGUACUUCAACAAUGCCUCCUCUUUCAGAAUGAGGACUGUCAUCUGAUUUGGAAUGCUGAUAUAUCCAAUAAGCACGCAUAUCUGAGCCAGAGGGUCAGUGUUGCACAUCAGCAGGAGAGAGAGAGAGCUUCUCUUUGGUGCACUAAGCCUCAUCACCUUACCUGCAGACAGGAGAGCGAGAGAGAGGGAGGAGGAAGAGCAAAGGGAAAGGAACAUCCAGUUCUAGACCAAACAAGUUUACAAAACAUGAGCAAAGGGGAUUUAGGUUCAAUGAGGACAUUGGUUUGGUGCCAGUUUCAAGAUCGCUACGAAGACUGAAAACAUCCCAGGGUGAGAUUAGGAUAGCGGAUGUGUGAGUGUCCCAAAAAAAGAAGACCGAGCCAGACAGACAUAAUUGAAGAGACAGACAAGAAAAGAUGCCUGAAAACAAGCAGACAAUCCAGCGGACUGGAAGCUAUCUGUCUCACUCUGCUUACAGGAAGAUAAAAAGGGUGCUGAGCUUCAGAAGACGUGUAUUUGGUCAAAGGUUGGAGGAGACAGUCCUGUAUGAGAGGAGGUAUGGGGAUCACAUGGCUCCUUUGGUGGUGGAGCAGUGUGUUGAUUUCAUCCGAGAGCACGGGCUCACCGAGGUGGGACUCUUCAGGCAGCCCGGCCAGGCCACACUGGUUAAAGAGCUACAGGAAGCUUUUGAUGCUGGGGAGAAACCAUCUUUUGACAGCACAGAUGUCCACACAGUAGCAUCUUUGCUAAAGCUAUACCUCAGGGAGCUGCCUGAACCUUUGGUGCCAUUUUCCCGAUAUGAAGAGUUUCUUGUAUGUGGCAAAAGAAUCCCCUCAGACAGAGAAAAGGGUUUGCAAGACUUGAGAAGUCUCCUUUAUGAGCUACCUGUAGCAAACUUCAACCUCCUGAAAUACAUCUGCCAAUUCUUAAAUGAUGUGCAAUCAUACUCCAAUGUCAACAAGAUGAGUAUCCAGAACUUAGCAACUGUUUUUGGGCCAAAUAUCCUAAGGCCUAAAGCUGAGGACCCAGAAAGUAUCAUUGGAGGGGCAGCAGUUGUGCAACAUCUAAUGUCUGAACUGAUCCGUGAGCACAGCUUGCUCUUCUCCCGAGAGAACUGCAACCCUCCUGAAACAUCUUUACAAGCCGCUUUCCCCAUACAAAGACACAGUAACCUUGUGGAAUGGGUGCACGAACCACCUGCCCACCUGAGGGAACCUCUGUUGAGCAAAGAUCACAUGGUCCUUCCAGAUCAGACUGUAGCCGGUCCACAUAAACACUCUCUACCAUUAAACACAGAGAAGAGAGAGUCUUUUCAAAGCCCUUGUGACAAAAUCAUUACCCAUUUAUCAGAGACAGAGCAGCAACUUCAAGAGAACUCCUCACCAACCAGCUCUGCUCUGAUUUAUGACAACUACAAUCAGAGCAGCCCAGCACAAGAAUCUCUCCAUACAAGACAUAUACCUACCCCCUCCACCCCACUACCUGCAUGCUCUUCUUUGAGCAAAGAACUGGAAGCUGGAGUUCAAAUAUGUAUGCAGUCAAGGAGCUGGCCUGACAUGGAAGAACCCAGCUGGGGACCAGAAAAAGCGCUAGGGGAAAGUGGAGGCAGCAGUGAAGCCCAGGAUAGUAACUUAUCUGUCUAUGACAACAUAGUUAAUGAGGAGCAGGGGGAGCAAAAUAUAGAAGACAGGGAGGCGAAAGGUACUGUCAGUGUGGCUGAGAGCAGCAGCUCUUGGUCCUCCUGUGAGAUCGUGCCUUUGGAUGGGAGCGGUGGAGCUGCAAGCCCUUGCAAUGUCUCCUCAGGACAGUUCUCCUCAUUCAGAAUGGACUCUAGAGAAGAAGAGCUUCGUCCUAACUCCCCUGCCUCAUCCUCUGCUCCUACAGAUGCGCCUUUAAGCACCGGUAGCAGUGAAGUCUUUUUACCAAAUGCUCCCCAAGAGCCCCUGGGCUUUCCAGCUUCCCAUGCAAUGCAGUGCCUUGUUGCAGGACUUCGUCAACAGAUGACCAGGCAAAAGGCAGAGUACGAGGCAAAAAUCAACAGGCUGGAGCAGAGGAACAAGGUUCUUCAGGGGGAGGUUGCAGGGCUGCGCUCAACUCUGGAGCAGCAGCGGCGCUGGGUCAGUGUUGCUGAGAUCAAGAUGAGAAAUGUAGAGCGAGCCCGUGCAGACGCCGAUAGACGCAACACUACUCUGCAACAGGAAAUGGAGCAGUUCUUCGAAACAUUUGGCGAGCUUAAUGCAGAGGCCCGGAAAACCGGUCGCAUUGUUCAGAGUUUUUGAAACAUUCAUGUGCUGUGCUACAAGACCAACCUUAGUAGCAUAUUAAGGUUUCCUUGUUUUAAAGCAGUGUUUUUCAACUCUGGUUAUGUAGUUACCCCCAAUAGCAUACAUGUUUGAUGUUUUCUUAUCCGAUACCUCCAUUCCAAGUCUGGGAGUUUCUACCAACGAACGAAUUAGGAAGACAUAAAACAUGUUCAGUGUUACAAGUACUCCAAGACCAGGGUUGGGAAACAGCAAUAUGAAAGUAAUAACUUAAAUAACAGGACACUGUUUCAGGGUUGUAGAAAUGAGGAUGCAUUCCUGAGGGAAACCAUUGCCCCACUUUCAAGUACAGUUCUGUUGCCUGAACGACUGUGCAGACCAGCAUGUUCAAAAUAAUACUAAAGGCAAUUUUUUUGCCAUUUAAGUGAUCAAAGACAAUGGAAUGACCCAAAGUAGGAUAAAAUUUCAUGUCUAGUAAGCAUGAAUGCCAUAUUUGAGAAAAGAGAUUCUAAUGAAAACUAGACCCUAGGGAUGCUCUUAAUAUAAAUGAGCUCAGACUUAAAAAGUCUGCAUUGGCUGAGGGUCACUGUACAUUUUAUUUAAU